AUGUCGGCCUCGAAGGAAUCGACUGGAACACUUGGCAACCUAGCUAAUAUCCCGAAGCUAGAAUCAAUAGCCGGAUGGAUCAACUGGAGCCGAGAAAUGAAGGACUAUCUCAUAAUGUCGGGAUACGGAGACUUGUUCAAACGAAAUAAGGAUAAACCUACCGGCACUAGUGCCGCGACCGUCGAAAAGAUCGACAACUGGCUCUCCAAGCAGGAACGCGCGUGCGGAGCCGUCCUCAAUCGACUUGGAUAUAACGCUAGGGAGCAGGUAAAGGAUAAGGAGACCGUCACGGAGAUGUUCGAUGAGCUUGAGAAGCGCUUUAAACCAAAAGGAAACCAAUGCUCGGGAGUCAUGAACUUUGCAGAACGGCUGCGAGAAGCUCAAUCUGAAUUCUUGCAACUAGACGAGACAUGUAAAAUCGGCAUGCCUCAAUUCAUUAAUAAGUUCCUAACCGGACUUGGCCCCGAAUACGAAAUGUUCCUCACUGCCUUCUACCAAAACCAUAACUUGCUACCCGAGCGAGGCUCUAACGGAGAAGUAACCAAACCUGCCGUAAUAUUCGAAAUCGCUCUUGCCGCCGCAGAGCAAGAGGAAAUGAACAUUCAAUAG